AUGGAUUGGACUCAAAAUUCCCAAAGCGUAGUUGCAAUUGGACUCUUUUGUGUGAUCAUCACCACGCUUUGCUUCUUCUUCCUUUUUCAUCGCUCCAAAGCUUCUCAAGCGAGAAGAAGAGAACCCCCUAUGGUUGACGGUGCAUGGCCUUUACUCGGUCACCUCCCAUUACUGAGCGGUUCCAAAGCAACCCACCAUCUCUUCGGUUCCAUCGCUGACAAGUACGGACCCCUUUUCUCCAUUAAAAUCGGUCACGCCCGAGUACUAGUCAUCAACAACUCAGAAACCGCAAAAGAGUGUUUCACUACAAACGAUUUGGCCGUGUCAUAUCGUCCCAAUCUCGUUGCCGUUGAAACCAUGACAUAUAACCACGCCAUGUUUGGGUUCGCCCCUUACGGUCCCUACUGGCGCGAGAUUCGGAAAAUCGUCACUCUAGGGUUCCUUUCAAAUUACCAAAUUGACCUUCUCAGUCAUGUCCGCGUCUCUGAAGUGCAGACAUCGAUUAAAGAGCUCUUCAAUGUUUGGCCGCGGAAGAAGGACAGUUCUGACUUUUCACAAGUGGAAUUGAAGCAGUGGUUCCAUGAGUUAGCUUUCAAUACGGCUCUCAGAAUCGUAGCUGGGAAUCGGUAUUUUGGGGAAACUGCUGUGGUUAAUGAAGAAGAAGCACAGAGAUGUUUGAAAGCGUUAAGGGAAUUCAUGAGGCUGAUUGGAACGUUCACUGUUGGAGAUGCUGUUCCUUUUUUGAGGUGGUUUGAUUUUGGAGGCGUUGAGAAAGCCAUGAAAGAGAAUGUGAAGCAAUUGGAUGGUGUGGUGAGUGGGUGGAUACAAGAGCAUCGGCAGAAUAGGGUUACAGGUAAAAGAAAUAAUGAAGGUGAUAUGGAUUUCAUAGAUGUCAUGCUUUCUUUGAUUGAUGGAACAACAAUUCAAGGGUUUGAUUCUGAUACCAUCAUCAAAGCAACAACAAUGGCAUUAAUUUUGGGAGCAACCGACACUAGCAGUGUUACUAAUAUAUGGGCAAUAUGUUUGUUACUGAACAAUCCUCAUACCUUGGAAAAACUAAGAGAAGAAAUGGACAUUCAUGUUGGAAAAGAAAGGUGCAUAAACGAGUCAGACAUAAACAAGUUGGUGUACCUUCAAGCUGUGGUUAAGGAGACACUAAGGUUGUAUCCACCUUCUCCUCUCUCAGGAAUCCGCGAAUUUAGAGAAGAUUGCACCCUUGGUGGCUACCAUGUGAGGAAGGGAACUCGACUACUAACAAAUGUUUGGAAGAUCCAAGUAGACCCAAGCAUUUGGGAAGAUCCAUUGGAGUUCAAGCCAGAGAGGUUCCUCACUACUCAUAAGGAUGUUGAUGCAAAAGGGAACCAUUUUGAGUAUAUACCUUUUGGGAGUGGUAGAAGGAUAUGUCCUGGAAUAUCAUUUGGCCUGCGAAGUGCACAUUUGACUCUAGCAAGCUUCCUUCACUCUUUUGAAAUCUCAAAAAUAUCGAAUGAACCUGUUGAUAUGACUUCAGUGGUUGAGAUAACCAACAUCAAAGUUACUCCAUUGAAGGUUCUUAUCAAACCGCGUUUACCUCCCAAUCUUUAUUAUAAAGCCAUGUGA